AUGGAGAAAUUGAAGACUUUGCUGAUCGCAAAUCGCGGUGAGAUCGCCGUUCGCAUCAUCAAAACAGCCAAAGAGCUAGGUAUCCGUACGAUCGCAAUAUACACUGCCGCCGACGCAACCUCAAACCAUAUCCGGGCGGCAGAUGAAGCUUUCCUACUACCGGGUGACGAUUCUACCGCAUACAUCAACGGAAAUUCAAUUAUCGAAAUCGCCCGUUCCAAUCAAGUCGAUGCCAUUAUUCCGGGAUAUGGAUUCCUGUCGGAGAAUGUGGAAUUUGCUCAAGCUAUCGCCAAUGCUGGGAUGAUUUUUGUAGGCCCUCGGUCCGAAGCAAUUGAAGCCUUCGGGUUGAAACAUCGCGCUCGUGAGAUCGCUGUGGCAGCCGGUGUCCCGAUUGUUCCCGGGACGCAGGGACUGCUCGUCACAGAAGACGAGGCCGUGGAAGCGGCAAAUGAAUUGGGAUAUCCCGUUAUGCUAAAAGCCACAGGUGGCGGUGGUGGUAUGGGCUUGAUGAUAUGCAAAUCAGUGGAAGAGGUCAGAGAGUCUUUGACACAAGUCCGCUCCCGAGGAGAAACUUUGUUCAAGAAUGCCGGUGUCUUUAUGGAACGUUACUAUCCCGAGAGUCAUCAUAUCGAGGUACAGGUUUUUGGCAAUGGUCUGGGAGAUGCAAUUCAUAUCGGAGAGCGAGAGUGCUCGAUUCAACGCCGUCAUCAAAAGGUUGUCGAAGAGUGCCCCAGCCCGUUCGUGGAAAAGCACCCAGGUCUCCGUGAGAAGCUCACCUCUGCAGCGGUUGCUUUGACCAAAUCCAUUAGCUAUGGAUCUGCAGGCACUGUCGAAUACUUAGUUGAUGACGUAUCGGGAGAUUUCUUCUUUCUGGAAAUGAACACUCGUCUUCAAGUCGAGCAUGGUAUCACCGAGCUCUGCUACAACCUUGAUAUUGUGAAGCUUAUGCUUCAACAAGUUGAUCGGGAGUUGUGCAAUCACGGAGGUCUGGACAAGGGAUAUCUGGAAUCUUUGCAGCCAGACAAGCCUUCCGGCUGUGCGAUUGAAGCUCGUGUGUAUGCAGAGAACCCAGCUCGAAAUUACUCUCCAUCCCCUGGAUUGCUUCAACAUGUUGAAUGGAAGGAGAUGAGCGGCACUCGAAUUGACACAUGGGUCGCUACAGGAACUCGAAUUUCCACAUAUUAUGACCCUAUGAUCGCAAAGGUCAUGGUACAUGAUUCCAACCGGACAGCAGCCAUUGAAAAACUGGGUGAUGUUUUGUCGCACUCGACAAUCUGCGGACCACCGACAAAUUUGAAAUUCUUGAACGCCAUCAUUCAAUCCGAUAGAUUUUGCUCGGGGCAUACGUUGACUAACUUCUUGGCCGAUUUCGAGUUUACUCCCGUUGCGAUUGAUGUCAUAUCACCAGGUGUGUAUACAACAAUUCAAGACUAUCCAGGACGUCCAACUGCUGGGCGAGGAAUUCCACAAGCAGGGCCAAUGGACCCUUUGGCAUUUCAAGUUGCCAAUAUUUUGGUUGGGAAUCCUUCCGGCACCGAAGGCCUAGAGAUCACAUUGAAAGGACCGGAACUACGUUUUCUAGCUCCAGCAUGCAUCUCUGUAUGCGGUGCUCCAAUGGAUAUCACACUUGAUGGGGCCGACGUGUCAAUGUGGACACGGCUCUAUAUCAAACGUGGUCAAACGCUAUCAAUUGGGAAGGUAAAUGGAUCCGGCGGAUGCCGAGCAUAUCUCGCUGUUCUUGGGGGAUUUCCGGCAAUUGCGCCAUACUUUGGAUCAAAAUCAACAUCGCCUCUACUUGGGAUUGGUGGAUAUCAAGGAAGAUCGCUCGCUCCAGGUGAUAUGUUAGACAUUGAAAAGCUCGAUGCAGUUGAAGGAGAGCCCGAGAUAUCACUGCCCGCCCAUUUGCGUCCUAUAUACUCCAACCACUGGGAAAUUGAUGCUAUGGUUGGGCCGUACGAUGAGGGAUAUAUUGUAUGCGAAGAUAUUGACAUGAUCUAUGACACGGUCUGGGAUGUCUCGCAUAAUGCCACAAGAGGUGGCAUUCGUCUUGUGGGGCCUACCCCUAGAUGGGCAAGAGAGGAUGGGGGCGAGGGUGGGCAACACCCUAGCAACGUUAUUGAAUAUGGGUACCCAACCGGAUCUUUGAACUGGACAGGAGACAGGCAAGUCCCCAAUGGCAAAUUUCUUGACAUUGAUCCUACUAGCUCAACUGACCAUUUCAGUCCUUGCAUCUUCCCCGUUGACGCCCCUGAUCUUGGCGGCUUCAUUUCCUCUACGACGAUUGUGAAAGCCAGUCUAUGGCGUAUGGGUCAACUGAAAUCUGGCGACACUAUUCAAUACCGCAGAGUAUCAUUGAAAGAUGCUCUUCGUGCUCGUGCUGAAUUGGAACAAUUUAUGGACAGUGUUUCCGCACUUGUAGCCGGCCAGUGCAAUAUGGAUAUCAUCAAGCCAAUAUUCGCUUCCACGUUGCCAGAAUCAACCGUUUCUGGCAACUGGGGAAAGGCGUUGAUUUACCAAACCGAACUGAUAGAAGCUGGGAUUUCCAUGACAUUUAGACAGGGUGGGGAUGAGUUCUUGCUGGUCGAGUUCGGUGAUGGAAAAUUCAAUCUUAAUCAUCGCUGCCGUGUGACAGCAUUGGACCAGGCUUUCCAAGACUCUCAAGCAUGUGACGAACUUUUGAGACGGGCAAUCUACAAGACCACCGGAUGCUGCAAUUCGCUCCUGAUCCACUACGAUGGUCUGAGGCUCCCCCAAGACAACCUUGUCAACCUUUUGGUAUCGUUGCAAAAAGCCGUUGGAGAUCUCAGCAGCUCAAAAGUCCCAAGCCGAAAGUUCCGUCUUCCCAUCUGCUUCGAAAGCCCGGCUCAACAAGAAGCCAUCCAGCGAUACAUAGAGACACAAAGACCACAUGCUCCAUUCUUACCCAAUAACAUGGACUUCGUGGCUAAUAUAAAUGGGGUUACAUAUGAUGAACUGAUUGAUAUUUUCCUUUCAGUCGAAUUCAUGGCGAUCUGUGUCGGGUUCUUCUGUGGCGAUACUAUCUGUCUGCCAGUUGAUCCCCGCUACCGAUUGAUAUGUCCCAAGCAGAACCCUAGUCGGGUGUACACCCCAGAAGGAAGUGUCAGCUGGGGUGGAUCAUGCAUGAACAUCUAUCCCGUUGAUUCCCCCGGAGGUUACCAGAUGACGGGCCAAACUAUUCCAUGUUUCGACCAAUUGGGAGUGAAACCCGACUUCUCGCCAAGUCAGCCAGGUCUGUUCCGCGACUUCGACCAGAUUACCUUCUAUCGAGUACACAAGGAAGAGCUUGAGCGUGAUAUGGCGCUUUUCCGGUCUGGUUGUUACAAAUUCCAGUACGAGGACGCCAUUUUCGAUAUGAGCGCCCACAACCGUCUUCUUGAGGAAACUAGAGACGAAGUAGCGGGAUUUAAGUCCCGCCAAGCUACGGCACAGGUAAAAAUGUUAGCCUUGGAAAAAGAAUCAAUGGACAGAUGGAUCGCCGAGAAAGCGCAAAACAACGUCCCCGUUGAUGAAAUGGCGCUCCUGAGAGAAGACCCUGAUAUUCUUACGAUGUAUGCCCCUCUCGAUGCAAACGUGUGGAAGGUCAACUUUGUAGAUGGCAAUGUUAUCCGCUCUGCUCAAGUUGUUGUCAUACUUGAGGCAAUGAAAAUGGAAGUUUCCGUCUCCUACGAUGGGGACAAGAGAGAUGGCAUUGAUGAGUCUUUCACGAUUGAGAAGGUACUCGUCCAACCAGGCGACACCGUUCGGGCCGGAGAUGUGAUGGUAUUCCUGAGAAGGAUUUAA